UGUAUCGCUUUUCGAGUUAUCAGCGGUUAUCUUGUACAUUAUCCCCAGAGCUCGGACAAGUAUUAAGGAGGGUUUUGUGAUCCGAGAUGGGGUCCCGUACAGCAGCAGCAUUCUCUCGUGGGUUCCCGAGGAUUGCCCGUCAGCUGAACUACCAGCGUGAGUUUUUGACACCCACCUCAAUCCGGGUCACCAUCCCUGGAGGUCUACCAUACCAGGCAUUCGAACAAAAAGGGUCAAAGGUGACACCAUUUAGCCUGCUUCAGUUGUUUGAGUCUACCCGUGCUUUCACCUUUUGGCCUAUCCCUACUGCGGAACGACCCGAGGAUUCAUUCGCUGAUUGUAAGGAACUAUUAUUGGAUAACUUCUUUUUCAUUGCAACAGCAAAGCUUACCAUUGAAAGACCAUUAUAUGACGAAUUUACACCCAAAUUCCCGUUGGCCGUCACCAUUAACCUUGACCAGGUAGGGCGUUCAUCAUUCCUGUUGACAAGCACAUUGGCCCACACACAUACGAACCCCUACGCUGUGUGCAAAGUACAAACAGUCUUGGUAGAUCCUACCACAAGAAAGUCUACCCCAUUUCCGGACUGGUGGCGCCGGAAAUACGCACACGACCCUGCUGUUGACGGUUCUCCGUUGAAAAUGAAGAAUUUACCAGAUAUAGACCACGCCCAGUGUCAUCAACAUGAUGUCGUUGUAAACUGGGCAGACUCUGACUCUUACUCUCACACCAAUUGGGCAUGUUACGCCCGUUAUUGUUCAGAUGCGUGCAAUUUUGGGGUGCUGCAGAAGAAGUAUAAAAAUAUCACUGAAAAAUCGCUUGAGAAUGGGGUAAAAGAACUUGAGAUGUCUUUGAUUAAAGAAUCGAGCGUCGGUGAUACUUUGAACUUAAUAUCUUGGGAAAAUGGCGAUAAUCUAAACUUUCGGGUUUUGAAAGACAGCAACACAUGCGUGCAAAUGUCAAUGGAUUUUUUUUCAUAGACAUUUUUUUCAGUUCAUUCAAACAAUAAUGAAAAUCGAAGUACAAAACAAGCAAAAAAUUCUUUUUAUUUCAAACGUCUCGUUAUUUUGAAUUUCAAUUAUACAUAAAACUUAAUAGAUUAGAUUAAGAAUAAUUUCAUCAUUGAAUUACUACUUACAUUAAUUAUAUAUCAUUAUUAAUUAAAUCGACAAUGUUACAUUUUCUUUUUAUAAUCAGGGCAGUUACAUGCGUAUGAUACUUAGCAAAAGAAAAUGUCCUUAAAAUAUUUACUUUAUUCAUGGAAACUCGUCACACACAAUUGAAAAGUUAUGUGUCCUUAUAUCUGGGUUUUAAUUAUCUCGAAAACGCAAUUUGAAUCUAUCGCCAAAAAGAUAAUUAUAACCUCAUAUUGUGUUAUUUUGGAUGUUUGUCAAAUGAUUUAGUCUAAAACAUUUCUGUCGGAAUUUGUAUAGAUUUGUACGUUAAAUCUAGUCUCAGAGUGAAUGAUUUUGUGGAAGUAUUAAUCAUAUUUAAAAUAGUAUAUUUCAAAUUGAAUAUGCUUUGCCAUGCAUUUUUUUCUGGAAACAAAAACAACAGUUUAUUGUUUCUAGUUUGAAUAACGUUUAUUUUUGUAAUUGUGAAUACAAUUCGUCAACAAAACCUCUGAUCUCUGCAUGAUGUUGGCGGUUUCAGGUGACAAAACCGCUUAAAUACCUAGAUAGGGUUACUUCGCUGUUUUCUGCCGCUAACUAUGCGGUUCAUUAUUUUCAUUUCUGAUAGUAAUAUAGCAAGAGUAAAUAUGUUUUUAUACACUAUACACUGUACAUCGACCAAACUGCAGUAACACGGGGCUACAAUCUGAUAAUGGUGCUCGGUGAUGGUAGAUAUAUAUGCAUUUGGUUUGUGAACAUUUUUAUUGAAGAUAAAAUGAUACAAAUAUUUUUUACAACCGGCAUUUUAUUAAAGACUCAUUUCUCGAC